AUCACCUCAGUUAGAGGCUUGGCUGCCUGUGUCCGCUGUCUUCUCCAUCUACAACCCUGCGGUUAAUUUUCUGCAGCUUCUUUUCCAGCCGGAGGAGCGGAGCGGCGACCCAAGAGAAUGAAUAGCAAAGAAGACAACGGCAGCAAGUGUUCGCCGGCCCCUAUCUCUAGCUUCACUAUCCAGUCCAUUCUGGGUACCACAUCCGAAGGUGGGCGCUCAGGUACCAAGGAGAAUUCCAAAGGAGGACUGCAGAGGAAGCGAACGUUGUCUGUCUCGUCCGAAGAAGACUGCAGCGCUGGGGAAGACUCCGCUGACUGUUUCUGCUCAGAGCCCGGACACAGCGAGACCUGCAACCACCAACACCAGCCUCUCAACUUUACCUGCCUCAAUGCCGCUAAAGGGAUUACACCGGGACAAGAAGCGAUAGAAAGGCGUCAGAUUUUAACACAACCUCUGCUGCAGGAUUACAAAGAGGAUAAAGAGACACCAUGUAGCCAAAUAUCACCCAUUUCGGAGGAGAGACAAAGAGACGGAGCCGACAAGCAGAGUAGUUCUGCCAAAAAGAAGACCCGCACCGUUUUCUCUCGGAGUCAGGUGUACCAGCUCGAGUCCACCUUCGACAUGAAACGCUACCUGAGCAGCUCCGAGCGGGCGUGCUUAGCAUCAAGCCUGCAGCUGACAGAAACUCAGGUUAAGACAUGGUUUCAAAACCGCAGGAACAAGUGGAAAAGGCAACUGUCGGCUGAACUAGAAGCGGCCAAUAUGGCACACGCUUCAGCACAAACUUUAGUUGGGAUGCCGCUGGUUUUUAGGGACAAUUCCUUGCUUAGGGUUCCAGUUCCAAGGUCGAUUGCGUUCCCUACUCCACUAUACUAUCCCGGAAGCAAUCUACCAGCUUUACCUUUGUACAAUCUUUACAAUAAGAUUGAAUACUAACUCCAUGUUCAUCCCAAAACAACAGAAACAAAAAUCAUACAUAAAUGUUUGGCAUAAAUGUAUAUUUAUAUAAUCUUAUUUGUUGAAAAUAUAUAUUUCUUAUUAUGCAACAACUGUAUGUGUAAAUAAGAAGGCACUGUGCUUCUCCAAAGGGUAUUAAAUACACCAUGUGUAUAUUACUUAUUUUGUACUUUUUUAUUUACUGUUCUCUCCCUUGUUCAACCGGUUUUAAACGUUUUAUGGCGAAAAAUCUGGUCAUAGUUGAAGGUAUAUUAUCAAGUGAAUUACUAAUAUUUUAAGUUUUAGUUGUAUUUUUUUGUCAAUUUUCAGAAAUGCACGGAAAUCGCCAGAUAAUUGUUGAAAAAAUAAAUAAAUCAGUUUCCAAAA